UAGAAAUUACAAAAAAAUCUUUAUUGUAGUCCCCCUCUUUACAACAACAAAAGAAAAUGACCGUGGGUUGAUUUGUGUUUUCGGUGCGAGCGUGGACACAAAAGAACGCGAGUAUGAGGAAGUUUUUCCGUUCCUGAACCUGAAAACUUUCAUUUCUUUGUCAGAUUUGAAGCUUUUGAAUAAAAUAUUAAGAAUGAGUGAAAGAAAGGUGAUUAGAGAGCUAUGCUGGGGCUAACCCUCCUAAAGAAGUUGCUUAAUUUCUUCGGCCGUUUCAUUGCUGGGUGACUGAAGCACGUUCUGCGUCUGAGCAAAAAUAAACAAAGUUCUUCAGCGUACAGGAACUGAAGCCGUUAGUGGACACACGUUUCCACACAGAUGUUUUACUUCUUCCCCGAUUUCUUGAUGCCGGUGCCACCUGAGGUCCUUUCCCCGAUGCUUUGGCCUUCAAAGCGUCAAGGGCCUUCUGUUCUUCCUUUUGUUUCUGUUUGAAGGCCAUGUCCUCCUGCAGACAGGUCCUUGUUCUGUUUUUUGGGGGCCUUGAGUGGCUUCUUUUUGCCUCCUUCUCUGCCAGACAUGGUUUCAAUCUGACUACGGCUAGAUAGUGACAACAAAAUAAACGUUUUUCAGUUGUGAACACAACCGGCUGUCUGUGUAAUCCGCGCAGGUAGGACCCCGAAGAACCCUGAAGCGGAAAUAGAAUCCCCGUUCUGUGCCUGAUCAAAACUCUGAACUUGCUGCUAGCUUUUUAAUUUGACAUCAAGAUGAUAACUAGUUAGCUUUAACAAACACCUUUAUAGGGACCCAAAUGCACUGACCGGAAUAUACAGGGUCCUGUUUCCUGUCUUUUAUCUUCCACCUCUGACUGCUGCCCUUCUCGAUGAGGUACAGAGGAGCCCAGAUCUGCCUCUGGGCUCGCGGCUCAGUGUUCAGCGGGAGCCCCCCCCGUCUGGCCCUUCACCUCCGGAGCUAAAGGGGGGAGCUGAGAUACUGAAGGAGCGCACUGUCUCUGCCUUACGGUAUGCGGGGGAUGUGGGGCGACAGUGGGGUCAGAGGUCGGCUCAGACAGCCUCCGCCACGGCGAACUACUGGUGGGAGAGGUACGAGGAGUUUGUGGGUCUGAACGAGGUGCGCGAGGCUCAGACCAAAGUCACAGAGGCCGAGUCGGCCUUCAUGGUGGCCAGGGGGAUCGUGCGGGAGGCCCACGUGAGUCUGGAGGCCCUGCAGGUGCGGCUGAAGGAGGUCAGGGACCGGCUGGACCGGGUCUCCCGGGAGGAGGCGCACUACCUGGAGCUGGCCACGCUGGAGCACAAGCUGCUGCAGGAGGAGCGCCGGCUCCGGACCGCCCACGCCAACGCGGAGGGCGCGGAGCGGGAAAAGUUCGCCCUUUUUUCCGCCGGCGUCCGGGAGAGCCACGAGAAGGAGCGCACCAGGGCGGAGCGCACCAAGAACUGGUCCAUCGUGGGCUCGGUGCUGGGGGCCCUGAUCGGAGUCAUGGGGUCAACGUACAUCAACCGCGUCCGCCUUCAGGAGCUGAAGAGCCUGCUGCUGGAGGCCCAGAAGGGCCCGGAGAGCCUGCAGGAGGCGCUGCGUGUUCAGGCGGGGAACCACCGCGGGCAGCAGGACGAGCUGCGGGCGCUCAUCGGCAGCCUGAGGGCGGCCCUGGCCGAGGCCCGGCGGGGGGGGGGGGCGGCCCCAGAGGCCCCCGCGGCCCCGGAGGGCCUGGGCCUGGAGACCCGGGAGUCCCGGGAGUCCCGGGCCCUGCUGGAGGCCCUGCCCCCCCAGCUGGGGCAGCUGGAGCAGGGCCUGGGGAGGAUCCAGGGGGAGCUGCAGGCUGUCAGGGGGCUGCUGGAGGCCCGGGUCCAGGAGGAAAACACCCGGGUGGGGUUAGAGGGACCAGAGGGGGGGGGGCAGCGGUGGGAGGCCGGGGCGGUGGUCCGGAGCCUGGAGGAGACCCAGAGGACUCUGGGGGACCAGAUCCGGACCAGCAGCGUCCACAGCGCCGCGUUCAGCUACACGGCCGCCGCCAUCACCGUCUCCGCCCUCUACCUGCUGCUCAGGGGGGCCGGGUAG